AUGCCCCCCAAGACUGGCAAGAAGGUCGCCGCCGCCCCUUUCCCUCAGGGCAAGGCUGGCUCCAAGAAGGCUCCCAAGAACCCUCUCAUCGAGAAGCGCCCCCGUAACUUCGGUGUUGGCCAGGCCAUCCAGCCCUCCCGCAAUGUCUCGCGCAUGGUCAAGUGGCCCGAGUACAUCCGCCUCCAGCGCCAGAAGAAGAUCCUGUCGAUGCGCCUCAAGGUCCCCCCCGCGCUCGCUCAGUUCCAGCACGUUCUCGACAAGAACACUGCGGCCCAGGCCUUCAAGCUCCUGAACAAGUACCGCCCUGAGACCAAGACGGAGAAGAAGGAGCGUCUCCUCCAGGAGGCCACCGCCGUCAAGGAGGGCAAGAAGAAGGAGGACGUCAGCAAGAAGCCCUACACCGUCAAGUACGGUCUCAACCACGUCGUCGGCCUGGUCGAGAACAAGAAGGCUUCGCUCGUCCUGAUCCCCAACGACGUCGACCCCAUCGAGCUCGUCGUCUUCCUCCCCUCUCUCUGCAAGAAGAUGGGUGUCCCCUACGCCAUCGUCAAGGGCAAGGCCCGUCUCGGCACUGUCGUCCACAAGAAGGUAUUCGUCUUCUUUUUUUUUCCUGCUGAGACCCUUUUGUACUCAAAUUCGCUGACUCUCGUACCUCUCAAGACCGCCGCCGUCCUGGCCCUCACCGAGGUCCGCUCUGAGGACAAGUCCGAGCUCACCAAGCUCGUCACCGCCAUCAAGGACGGUUUCAUGCAGGAGCACGAGACCACCCGCAGGCAGUGGGGUGGUGGCAUUAUGGGUGCCAAGGCCCAGAUGAAGAUCAUCAAGAAGCAGAAGGCUCUUGAGGCUGCCACCAAGAUCUAA